AAUUCAAAAUUCGCGAUACUUUUUGAACAGUCUUCGUAUAUAUAUUAUCACAAUUCGCGUCGGUUGCGGGACUUCUUUGCUCCCGCAUUCCCGCGGCUAGCUCAGUUUUUAAUUGUCUAAUAGCGAAUCGAAUCCCUCGCUGUUCCGCGUGGUAGAGCGUCGUGGUUCUUACACGUUCUUCCUCGAUUCCGCGGACACGUCGGAGAGAAGCCGGGAGAGAUAAUAACUUAGAGACCGGUUUAACAUUUAAAUGACAAUACUUUAAUUCGUUUCAAUUCCAAUUUCAGACAACUAAUCCAUUCUAUAAAUAAUAAAUCCUAAACGAACGUGACAUAGGAAUACAAUUCUUUAAUUAGCCUGUAUUCUUCAAGUACAGGCAACUAAAUUCAAUAUCACCGAAAAUUCCGUAACGUGAUCAAAAGAGAGCGAUCUCUCGCCUGCGAUGUUCCGCGAGAUGUUGUUUUUAUGCGGCAAAUCCGAGCCGCUUGACGGCAGCUAUAAUAACGCGCGUCGUUUUAACCGAAAAGUUCUCUUGCCCGGCGUCGUUGCGCGAAUCUCGCCGUGUUUUCCGUUAGGCGCCAGCCGGGUCUUUCCCGACAAUAGUUACUGCUUCUGACCGGUCAGGUACAAUAUCCGAUCUAGCUCGUUCACUAGAAGCAGUUUCCACAAAUAACAUACGAGCUCAUAAUACGACUCAAUAUUCAAUGUACAAUACAAUAUCGACAACACUUUACCAAGGAUUGUGCGACCGGCAAUUAGAGAAGGCAACCGAGUCCCGCGCUCGAGUCUUCGGGAUCCCUAUGCUCGAGAGCACGGUCCUUGUCACCCUGCGACGUGGCCUCCAAAUCUCUUAUGCAAAAAAUAUGGGAAAAUUAUCUCGUGAAUUUCGAGAUCGACCAGUGCCUCCGUUAGACUUAGCAAUUUGGAGCAUCGAAUACACAGCCCGCCAUCCAAAAGGAACUUUAGCAUCGCCAAUUAGAUCUCAAAGUUGGAUACAACAGAAACUGAUCGAUAUCUAUGCGUUUUUAUUAUUCUGUCUCAUCAUAACUAUAUUUAUUAUAUGCCUUACAUUCAAGACAUUAUUUAAUUUUUAUUACCGUCAUAUGUACACAGCGCCUAAAUCGUAUAAGAGCAAACAGAUAUAAGUGGCAUAAUUAUUAAACACAGGAAUUAUAUAAAAAAUCAUUUGUAAUUAUUAAAUUGAA